AUGGUGGAAAGGAAGCUCUUCAAGACGAAGUUAUGCAUACUGUAUCAGAGAGGUCACUGUCACCGCCAGAACUGUUCAUUUGCUCAUGGGAGCGCUGAGCUCCGGCACAUCGGAGGCUCUUUCAACGCCGCAGAUAGAAGGAACAAUAGAGGAGGUGACCUUAGGGAUAAGCUUGGCAAGAGGCUUUCUCCAGAGAGAAAGUAUUCUCCGGAUGGAGAUUCCAGAGGCCGCCGAAAAUUUCCCGGGUCUAGCACUUCAAGAUCACCUGAGAGAAACGGUGACAGGAAGCGAAGGAGAAAGAAUCUGUUUGAUGUCCAGAGUGACAUGAAAGUCUCAGAUGGUAUGGAAGAUCAGUUAAGAAAGCAAAAAAGUGCAUCUGAUUCCAGACUAGCUCUUGAAAAGCAGUUCAAGGAAGUGCAGGCAGAUAUUGACAUACUUGAUCGCGACAGAUCUCAGUUGAGGAUCUUAGUGGAGGAGAAAGUUGAGGAAGCAGAUAGUCUUAAUUCUAGAAUUGAGGAGCUUGAGUCUCAGCUUUCUAGAGAGAAAGAAGAAUGUAAAAGGAUUACUUCGAAAAUAAAGAAGUUUAUUAGAGCACAAAAACGUUAUGUCCGGGAUCAAGACGAACUCAAAAGGUCACAAGGCCGACUGCAGAAGUUGGGAAAUCAGCUUGGGUCUAGUCUUUCUGUAAUGGACGGCAAUGAAGAGGACUCGAGCAUCAAUAUUGUCAGUGAUGGUGAAAACAAUACUAAUCAUGGGACCACCAGGAGGAAUGAGGUCCAGAAUUUUUCUUCUGUCAGCAAGAAAAGUUUGUCCGAUAAAAGGGAUGUCGUUGAAGAACUAUUCCAAGGCAACCCAGCCAGCGGCGGAGCACAUCAUGUUGAGACUUUUAAAAUGGAUUACCUUCCAAAUGUACCAGUUCGGUCGACUGUCAACAAGGACACUGAAUUGGUGCUCAGUGGGAAUGAUGGUCGUGGACAGCAGGGAAGUAAGGGGAAGCAAAGAGGAGGUAAAGGUGCUUCUUUCAGCACACCACCUUCCGAUAAGCAAAAGGGACCAUCUGGUUCCAUGGCUUUGAUACCAUCCACCAGCAUUGCUGCUCAUGCAUUUGAUGAGACGGUAGACAUUGAAGGUGAGGAGAAAGUAGAGGUGGUUGAAAAUGUUUCUGCAGCAGGUUUCAAUAAUGGAAGCUCCUCCGAUGAACCCAGAAGGAGGUUCUCCUUCUUGCCUCCCCUGCUUCCUUCAAUCUCCAAAAAUCAUUAUUCUCAGUACAAGGGUAAUGAUGAGAGCGUGAAUGGGGAUGACGAGAUGGCGGAGGUGGACAUAGUUUGA